GCCCAGCCCCGGAAUAUAUAGAUCAUUGAAGCGCAAUGAAGUAGCCUUUGGAAAGGAGGGAGGGGGGCCGGUCCGACAGCCACAGCGGCCAGCACAGCGGCAGCCGCGGCAGCACCACCAUCACCGUUCGCACCCCAGCCGCCCGGCCCGCGAGGAGGCAGCGGCGGCCGCCGGCGGGAGCGGAGGCGGUGGCGGAGAGGCGAGGAGGAGCAGCAGGAGGAUCCGGAGCGUGCAGCCAGCGGGUCCACGCAUCUUGGCACUUCCAGAACAACUCCAACGUCUUCCACACCCCAGCCCGGGGCUAGGGGCUCCGAGAGCGGCCGCAAAACCAGCCCGAUCCUCCUCCCGAGCCCUCCCAGCCCUGCCUUGCGCCUCCCGGGCUCCGCUCCGCGCGGCGGGGUCCCCGCUCCUGCGCCCCGGGCGCGCCUCCCGGACACCUCGGUCCCCGUAGGCAGGACAAAGCCAUGAAGCCGGCGCUGCUGGAAGUGAUGAGGAUGAACAGAAUUUGCCGGAUGGUGCUGGCCACUUGCUUGGGAUCCUUUAUCCUGGUCAUCUUCUAUUUCCAAAUCAUGCGGAGGAACCCCUUCGGCGUGGACAUCUGUUGCCGGAAGGGGUCUCGAAGCCCCCUGCAGGAGCUGUACAACCCGACACAGCUCGAGCUCUCCAACACCGCGGUCCUGCACCAGAUGAGGCGGGACCAGGUCACAGACACCUGCCGGGCCAACAGCGCCCUGAGCCGCAAGCGGCGGGUGCUGACGCCCAACGACCUGAAGCACCUGGUGGUGGACGAGGACCACGAGCUCAUCUACUGCUACGUGCCCAAGGUGGCCUGCACCAACUGGAAGCGGCUCAUGAUGGUCCUGAGCGGGCGGGGCAAGUACAGCGACCCCAUGGAGAUCCCGGCCAACGAGGCGCACGUGGCGGCCAACCUGAAGACCCUGAACCAGUACAGCAUCCCCGAGAUCAACCACCGCCUGAAGAGCUACCUGAAGUUCCUGUUCGUGCGCGAGCCCUUCGAGCGGCUGGUGUCGGCCUACCGCAACAAGUUCACGCAGAAGUACAACACGUCCUUCCACAAGCGCUACGGCACCAAGAUCAUCCGGCGCCAGCGCAAGAACGCCACGCAGGAGGCGCUGCGCCGCGGCGGCGACGUGCGCUUCGAGGAGUUCGUGGCCUAUCUCAUCGACCCGCACACGCAGCGCGAGGAGCCCUUCAACGAGCACUGGCAGACCGUCCACUCCCUCUGCCACCCGUGCCACAUCCACUACGACCUCGUGGGCAAGUACGAGACGCUGGAGGAGGAUUCCAACUACGUGCUGCAGCUGGCCGGGGUGGGCAGCUACCUGAAGUUCCCCACCUACGCCAAGUCCACAAGAACUACUGACGAAAUGACCACGGAGUUCUUCCAGAACAUCAGCUCGGAGCACCAGACGCAGCUCUACGAAGUCUACAAACUCGAUUUUUUAAUGUUCAAUUACUCAGUGCCAAGCUACCUGAAAUUGGAAUAAAGGGGCAGUGGGGGUCGGGGGUGGGGGUGGGGGCGAGGGAGAGAAUCGUGCUUUUUAAUUUAAGAUUUUUAUUUGUCAAAAGAAUUAUAUGAAUAUUGGGUUAUUUUGUAAAUUAAUAUUUCUUCGGGGAUGAUGCUGCGAGCAGCAUAGUGAGAAUUAUUUAAAAUCCUUAGUAGGGAAGGACAGCUGUCUUUGCAGGGGAAUGGGGGGGGGUCCCUGUUUUUAGACAUGAAUACUGCAACACUGUCUUCAAAGGUUUCCUUGUGUUCUGGUGAAUUCCACGAAUUGUGCAUUCCAUAAAUUCUAAUUAAUAUUAUUUAUAGUUAUUUAAACACAGUCUCUCAUAGAUUUCUUUUUGCGGCAGCAUGAGAAAUCUAUGUUUCAUUUGGGGGCAUGAAUGGUCUCCCUCACGGCUCAGACUCACUGUGUGAUAGUGGCCAUUGUGAUGUGUAUUGAUGCCACCAUGCUUGAAAUUCUGCGAGAAGGAAAUGGAAAGAGGCACCUUCGCAAGGGACUAAUUCCAGACCGAUUUUCAACCAACCCGAAAGUCCCUUGCUCUAAAGAAAUGUGAUGUGUUUUUUAAACCCAAGGAGGGAGCUGACUCUUGCUUUAUUUCCCCCACCAGAAUUAGUAGUCUGAUAGAAUAGGCUUUUCUAAAGAAAUUUGUAACUGGCAGUGCCAGUCGUGAUGAAGGGAAGUGACCCUUGCUUUAUAGUCAGCAAGUAUUUAUCAAGCAACUACUAUGUGCUGCGCCUCAUUCUAGGCCCUGUAGAUAGAGCAUUGAACAAAACCAGGAGUCUCAGCCCUGAGGAAGCUUUACAUGGACAGAGUAUCCAGCCUGACAAUUAGCAAACCCCCAAUAAUUUGGAUUGAACAUGAGUUUUGGACUGUUCAUAAGCAGGUCCAUGACCCCUAUAAAUUUGCAUUUUUCUGUGACCCAAAUCUGAAAACACAUGCUUGGAGCAGGCCACUGGCCUUGGUAAGUAAUCCAAGCUCAGUACCCAACACAAAAGAUGACAAAAAUGUUUCCUAUCAUGUACCUGCUCUAAUUUAUUGGUAAUGUCUGCCUUUAAGCCCUAGAACAGAUUUACCAGGCACAGCCUGGAAGGGUGCUGUGAUUGAUUAAUGAUGUCUGCUUUGGGUGAGGGGAGGGGAACUUGAGCUGCUCCCAUUGCUGCGUCCUGUCAUCUCCAGCCCAGCAGCCACGUCUCCACACAGAAGUGUUGUUUUUCUACUCUUGCCACGUAAUACCGUGGCAGGCUUCCUGCACUCGGGGAUUUGCAGUGGUCUGGCAUUUCUACCCCUCACCAAGGUCAGGGGUGGACUCUCGGUGCACACGUGUACCUGCUCUCAAGUCCUCCCAAGGCUGAGGCCAUGGGCACCUUGGGGACCACCAUGCAUGAGCAGCAAGGACCGCCUUCCGUGAUGGUAGUUCACGCCCCUUCCUCUGGAAGGCUGCACACAUCCGCUUCCUGUUUGCUGACUGACACCUGCACACGCUCCCCACUUCCAGCCACUCCCCAUGCCUCGGUUGAAGUUUGAGCCACAUCCCUCUUGCAGCUAGUGAAUGAGUUGGUAGC